UGUUUUUCUGGUGGCUCCACAUACAAAAGAUAUGGGACCUUUUAUUUAGGUGGGUACCAGUCUUGGGCAACGUUACACAAGAAAACACAUGAUAGCCUGACAGGACACGACAGUGGCCAAGUGAGAAUUGACAAGUCUCCACUGAUGCCAUUAACCCCACAAAAGCAUAAAUCCUGAGAUAAAUACAAGAUCAUCUGAUUGUUGCUAUGGAAGACUAUCAGUACACACCAUUCUCCAGUUCAACAUCCAUACGAGUUCUGCAGUUGCACAUCUCGAAGACUGAGAACAACUCAACUACCUCGUUCAGCCUCGAGGAAGUUGACCUCCAAGAGAAUCCGAAGUACGAAGCUCUAUCGUAUACCUGGGGUCAAGCCACCUCCUACGAUGAAAGCACUGAGACCUAUCAAUGGGCUCCUACAUAAAAUGUCCCAUCCAGAUCAGCAAUAUUGGCGUUGUGCGCAUCACAAGGAACUUUUGCGACCUUUUCGAAAAUCUGAUUGAAGGUGCACCUCCUGGCCACUCGGUGAGAACGAUUUGGGCAGAUCAAGUUUGCAUCAAUCAGAAUGAUGUCCAGGAGAGAAACAGCCAAGUUGCAAUGAUGAAGGACGUUUACACACAGGCAAGGAGGACGAUUAUCUGGCUCGGUAAGCCAGAUAGCGACAUGUUGGUCGUUGCGAAUCUCUUGGAAGUCAUCACCACGACUGCGUAUGGACGUCUCCCGAUGACGAAGGGUCCUUUUCGUCAAGAACUACCGGAAGAUAUCGAGAAAUUUAUUGCCAUUAAAUCGGGUAAGAUACUGUCCAUAGUACAUUUUCAUGCUAUAAGUACCUAACGAGUUUCAUAGAUUCUAACUGGCCGAGUGACUUAGAAUUCAUGAGGAGCAUAGCAAACACUCUGAACAAGUCUUGGUUCUCUAGGGCUUGGAUCAUUCAAGAGGUUGUCCUUUCACAAGAACCUCUCUUGCUUUUUGGAAAUGAUACAUUUAACAUCGCAGUGUUGGAUAACUUGGUGACCGUUGCUUUAAAUCUUAGAGAAGGAGAAACGAACAAUACAGCGAAUAUUCACAAAAAGUACAAAUAA